AUGGUCACACGUUGCCUAUUUGGACUAUUUGUUUUCGGAUCAAAUUCAUCAGUUAUUUAUCGAUUUUUAACGGAUGAUCUGUGUGACUAUUUAAGGCAAUGCUUUAAAACUCGAGGUUAUAAACUUAAUGACGAUGUGAAAGACGAAAUCAAUAAUAAUAAUAAUAAUAACAAUAAUGAUGAUGAAUUUACACUAUCAAUUGAUGAUGCUAUAUCUCAACAUCUGUCUGUAUUGAUUAGAGUUCUUGAACAAACAUCAUCACGUUAUGACCCUAUUCGUAGAAUAACACUUCAGUCGGGUGUACAAGUGUUUUUUGAUCAGAUCGCAGAUAAUAACUUGAUAUGUAUGGCUGACAAAUCAUUCGAUACAAUAGUUAUACUUAAAGCAAUUAAUUUACUAAAAGCAUUAAUUAAAUUUCAUAUUGGAGUUUUACCAUUUAUACACUAUAAUGUUGCUGAUCAAUUAAUAAAUCGUAUAUCUGCUUCACUGCAAUAUUUCCUUAACAAUGUAACAAUGAAUCAAUCUAUUCUGUUCGAGAGUUGUGAAUAUCUUCAUAUGAAUUCAAUAAUUCGCGAACAAUGUCGUGACGUCUGUACGAUGAUUAGUAAUGAUGUUCAAAAUUGGCUUAAAGUUCCACGAAAAAUAAUAAUUAUUACAUGUGAUGACAAAAUCGUUCAUAUGCAUUUGAGUGCUGAGCAGAGUCGGCCAAAUAAUGCUGAUAUUUUUCUUCUAGUACUAAACAACACUAGUCGAUCGUUGCGAAGAGAAUUUGAAUCACAAAAAAACCUAUCCAAUGUAAUGAAUCAUAGAUUUAAAAGAAAAAUUAGUACUCAUCAUUCUCACUCGAGCUUCCCAACAACUGCUGCUGAUAGCAUGAGCAACGGAUCUGACAUAGAUCGAGCUCAAUCGUGUCCCAAUUUUCAAUUAUCCCAAUUGACGUCAUCAAAUGAAAAAUAUGAAAGAAUUCAUCGAAGUGAAGUCGUAUUUCUAAGAACAUCAAAUAAAGUUAUUGCACCCUUCACAUUAUUCACUAUACCGUUAACAGAUCAUAUUUCAGUUCUUGUACUUGUUGAGUGGGAAAAUAGUACAAUCUGUUCAAAUUUGUAUGCACUUAUUCGUCAUUUGGAUUCGUAUACAACCCAUGGCUUUUUUCCGUAUAACAAAUUAAUUCCACAAGUUAAAACCGUUGAAAGUAGUGCAGCUGUUCGACGAUAUUUUGAACAUGUCGGUCAUCCAUCAACUAUCUUAACUGAUAUAUUAAAUAAAGCAUAUGCAUUGCAUAGAUCAUCAACUAAAGCAAAUGUCACUAAUGAUGAACGACAUCGAAAUGGUCUUCGUAUUCUUCGUUAUCUAACUGAAAUGAGUCGCUUAUCAACAGAUGCAUUUCGUGAUUUAUUUUUUGAUUCAGAUGAAUAUGCUCGUCGCAGUGGUAUUGAUACCGCUAAUAAAGAUUACGAAUCCGAUAUACAAAUGGAUGGAAUCGGUCCAACUGAAACUGAAUUUCGUAAAAAUGAAUACGAUACUUCGCCUAUGACAAAAAUUCUUCGAAAAAAAAUUACCGCACGAUUAGAAGAUUGGUUCUCGUUUAUGGAAGUUAAAUCACAACGUAAUAUAACAAUGAAUUUUUGUCACAAUGAAUUUCCUGGUCUUGUUCAUUUUGUUUUUGUGGAUCGUUCACGUGGACUUAUUUAUACACCUGCACUUAUUAUUGACGAUUAUCAAACAUUGACAAAUAGUCAUUCGAAAGAUUUGGAAUAUUUUCUAGAAAAAAAAAUAUUAGCAUUUGAACUGGAAUGUCUUUCAGCACUUCAACAUGGUUUUACAUCGUAUACAAUGUCUGAUGAACAUUUUACUUAUAAUUAUACAUUACGUUUACAAGAGAGUAACGGUGCUUCAAUGCGACUCUACAAGGCAUUUGUACAAUCACAACCGCCUGGUGUCGUACAUUUUGAUUUCUACAAAGCAUUAGUAGAUGAAUAUUACCCAUGGUUAGUUUAUCAGUCGUCAGUUAUAUGUUUUGAAUUAAUAACUGUUCAUCUACGUGUUGUACCACCCAGAGUUGUUCGUGAACAAUGUGAACGUCUUUGGUCAAGACUAUUGGAACCCGAAGAUGUCAAUCAUUCUGAUAUUUUAUUUGAAAUAUUUUUCAUAGAAAUUCAAUUUGUUCAAACUAUUUCUUGUUAUACCUGCACUGCUGGUGAUGAUCCAUUCAAUGGUGAUUCUCCUUAUGUUACUCGACGUUUAUCAACAUGUUCUUAUUGCUGUAAAUUAACUGCAUUUAUGGCCUAUGCCCCAAUGUAUACUGUUAGAGAAUGCGUUCGGUCAUGUACUCCAACAUACAGUGUAUUCGAUGGUUCGUCUAUGGAAAUAAAUUGUUAUUCAUCAUAA